ACCUCUACGCACUUUGGGUUAUUUUAGCACGCAGACGCAAUAAUCUUAAUAAACUCCAGACUCUGCAGUCUUAAUCUUGAACUCAUUAAACAAACAGCUUACUCCAGAAUGAAUAAAUUGAGAUUGAGCUGGCUUUCAGCUAUUCUACUGCUACUGGGAGAGUCUUAUUCCGCUCCACAAUAUGGGCAAGCAGCCACUGGAGCUCAAGCACAGGCAGGAGCCGGAGGUUAUGGAGGGGCUGGUGGAGCGACUGGAGCGCAAAGUCAAGCAGGAGCAGCAGGUUACGGAGGGGCCAGCGGAGCGGCCGGGGCACAAGCAGGAGCCGGGGGUUAUGGAGGGGCCGGCGGAGCGGCCGGAGCACAAGCUCAGUCACAAGCCACAGGAGGAGGUUAUGGUGGAUAUGGCACUACUGGCGCUCAAGCGCAAUCUCAAUCCUUGGCUUUAGGCAACGGUGGAGGUUCUUUAUCACAGUCUCAGUCACAGGCACAAGCCGGAGCCGCGGGUGGAGCAGGAGGAGCUGGAGGAGCUGGUGCACAAGCUCAGGCUCAAUCACAAGCUCAAAGUGCAGGAUAUGUUGGUAAUCAUGCGGGACAUAAUGGAUAUUUAGGAGGAUAUGAUGAUUAUCCCGGACAGCGUGGAGGUUAUGGCGGAUCCAGGGGCGGAUACGGCGGAUACCGUGGUGGGUAUCGUGGACAUCAAGGUGGUUAUGGAGGGUAUCGUGGCGGAUAUCGUGGAGGAUAUUAAAUACUAAGAAUUGAAGAAGAUUUAAUCAAGAAAAUAUUUAAACAUAAAUAAUGUUCCACGCUCUAACUUACUGAUGUACACUGUACAGUUAUACAAAUACUUUUUAGCUGCUAAUAAAAAUAUCUUAAUAAUCGAAA